GUUGGCGUUGUGCCAAGACGGCUGUAGUUUCAAACGGAGAAAAGUUCUUAAACGAUUCAGAUCUGAUAUUUUCUUCUGCGUACUGUGUCACACAAUCUCUAUAAAAAGUCACAAAUGCAUAGGGCUAACAUUUUUGUUGUUGGUAGAGAUGGCUGCGGAAAAACCUCAACAUGGUGUUCAAUUCUGUCGAAAGAAAUGGGUUACAAACCAGAGAGUUCUAUCAAAAUUGAUGAUAAUCUCUGCUUGGGCAUUGGUACAAGCGAUUUUAGAAACGGGAAUAUAAAUGGUAUUAGUGCUAUUGAUGGGAAAGGUAUAGGGUGCUUUGACAUUGACAAACAAUGUAACAAUGUUUCCCUGGUUGAGGCCAUACGAAAGGCUAUACCAAAUGAGGGUAUUACAGCAUUUGUGAUUGUUAUGAAGUAUGGCUCCAGAUACACUAAACUAGAGAAGGACACCGUGGAGAGAAUUCAACAUGUGUUCGGUGAAGAAGUCUUCAGAAAGUGGGGAGUUUUAGUUUUUACCCAUGGGGAUGAUUUUGAAAGAGAUUGUCAGGAUAAACGCUGGUCGUUUGAUGACUGGUAUGCAUUACAAAUAGGAGACAUAGCGUCACUGUUUGAUGAUUUUGGCCACAGGUAUGUGUUGUUCAACAACAAAGCACAAGAUAAACAGAGCAUGGUGAAGCAGCUGAUGGAUAAGGUUGAUGAGUUACGUGUUGGCCCCUAUAAAGUGGACAUGUUACAAGAUGGUCCCUACACCAGAGGCAUUUUAGGUGUUGAUCAGUGUAAAUUGAAUUUACCACAAAGAUGGCGUUUUAAAGUAACUUGUCGUUAUGUUUGUUUAGGUGCUGUUAUGAUUUUGGUAUUGGUGUGUUUUUGUAUCAAAAAAAAUAAUCCGCCAAGAAAAUGGUAUCAUUAUCUAAAAUUUUGGUAAAUUUAUAAAGCUCUAUAUAAUCAUUUAUAAUCUUUUAUAAUGCUAUGUCUGCUUUACUUUCCUCUUUUUUCAUGAAUGAUAAGUAAACACAAGAAAUGUUGUCUAUUGAAUUUACCCUGUUUAAAUAUGUGGUUGUUUACGAGGGUCGCAUUGUUACUGUGUAGAGGUAUAUCUUAUAGAUAAACAAAUGUAAACUGAAUUAAAAAAUUGUAAUGUUUUAUUUU